CUUAACAAAUAUUAAUAUUUACAGCAGGAGCCAGCAAAACGAUGAAUAAAAAUAAAUAUUUUUAUAAAUAAAAGUAUCAUUUUCUAUAAUCUCAACACUGAUUUAAAGUAACUUAUAUUAUAAAUACUAAACGAUGAACAUAAACAUGACAGCAGGUGAAAAUGGGUCAGGAAAAGUAAAUUCAUCAAUAUCACAACUAAAGGAAAAAGUGAUGUCUUAUGAAGAGAAAUCCGUCGGAUCGACACCUUUUUUUAAAUGUGAAGCCUGUCCUUAUAUGGCCCUUGCAGAAGACGAUAUUAAAUUUCAUUUAUUCACUGCCCAUCCUGAUUUAGCAAAAAAAAAUGGUCUAGCAGACAACAUACAGAUUACAUGUCCUGGGUGCACGAGUGUUUUCGAAGCAGAAGAAACUCUCAGAACCCACCUUCGAAAUCAUCAUAAAAUGGGUAUCAAGGAUGUUAAAAAAAUGGUCAAAAGUUUGGUCCAGAUUGCUCUCAAAAAUGCUAAACUCAAGAAAGAAGUAGUUUCAAAUAACCCACUAAUACAGUCCCAAUCCAACAUAUCCGAAAUGAAAAUACCUCAAGUAAUAGAAAUCGUACCGGACAGACUCAAUGUAAAUAAUGAUCAACUUCCAAAGGGCGUUUCAUUUAUAUCUGUGGAGGAGUUAAACAAGAUGAGCACACCUAAUUUUGAAAAAGUUGACCCCAAGGAGGUCAUCCAGGAAGCCAGUAUCAAUAUUGUGUAUACAAAUGAUGUGUCUACACAAUAUGUUAAUGUUUCUAAUCACGGAGUAUCAAGUUCUACUUGUAAUUUAAUUCCAGUAACGAGUGUGACACCUGAUUUAAUAUCUUCAGUCCAGCCUCGUAUACCCGUCGGUGAUAUAAACCCAUCGCCACACAAAGAAGCUGACUCUUCACAUAUAUCGUCAACAAUAACAGAAAGUACUAGAAAAUCAACAUACACUAAUAACCCGGAGGAAAAAGGCACUUUGUGCUCAAUAUCAAACUGUGUUGUUCGUCUAAAAGACCCUAACAAUUUGGCCUAUCAUAGGAAGUGUCAUCAAAAUGGAAAACUGCAAUGUCCAGAGUGCACCAAGAAGUAUUCCUGGGUUCACCAACUACACAUGCAUCUGUGGAAGAUACAUGCCAUAGACCUCGAACUGCCUACCUGUACUAUAUGCGGUUACAAAAACUAUAAGCGCCACAUACUGAUCAAUGUACACACAAAAUGCCAUGGAAAGAAUAGGUCGUAUACAUGUUCAAUAUGUCAGAAGAAAUUUAAAACCUCGAACCAGUUGUCCAAGCACCGCAUGAUUCAUAAGUGUAAUGUCAUCCAUCAGUGCCAGAUCUGCCAGCGUGAGUUCAACCUGGAACGCCACUUGAGAGAACACAUGGCAGCUGUACAUGACAAAUUAAGACCUUUCAAAUGUGGUCAUUGCAGUUACAUGGCCGCUAGGAAAUGCGAGCUCAAACUACACCUCAGACUACACACAGGUGAUAAGCCAUAUGCGUGUGAUCAAUGCGACUAUUGCACGCGCGAUCACAACUCGCUCAGACGGCACAAGUUGAAGCACUCCAACGAGGGUGUUUACAAAUGUAAAUACUGUCCCUAUAGCGCCAUACAGUCUACCGCCUUCGCCUCCCACAUGAUAUCCAAACAUCCCAACAUGAACCUCGGCGAUGUCCACUGCUGUCCGUUCUGCAGCUUCAAGUCCGUCAGCAGAAAUAACUACGUUGUGCACCUGACGACGCACAGGGACAAAGAAGGCAUUAAACUUCUCAUCGACAUAGCUAAGAGCGUGAAGAACAAGAAACGUAGUUGGACCAUACCCAGCGAGGAUACGGAGAAAAGCAAUGUGACUAAAGAAGCCGAUGAAAAGAAAGAGGAUAAAAAUUCAUCAGACAAUAUGCCGAUAGAAGUUUAUGACUGUGAUAGCUUACCGGAAACCGUCCCUCAGGAGUACCCCAAAAACUACUGCACUACGACAUCCAGUGAUACUCAGCAGUCCAAUUUUAACAGCGAAGUUGUCACAGACUUGAGCAAAGAGGACAAUAACUCGGAUUACCUCAUGCCCGAAGGUUACACCAUACAAGACAGACAUCAGUACAGUUCGCAACAUCCCUUACAAAUGUCGUACGAAACUCCGCAAAACAAUCUGCAUUUUUUAAAUCCAUCAGUCAGCCACGAUCAGGGAUUAUUAGCUAACAGCAUAGUCACUUCGAGCCAUUCCCCUAUAAUCAACAGUAUAAGCAAUAAUAUCAUGAACAAUUUUCCCAUACGAUUGCCUCCGGCGCCGAUUUCAGUACGCAACAACAUAACCCUAAAACCGGUGGAUAAAAUUUCCCUUCCCGUCUCUAAAGCCACCGGACCUAUAAUAAAACCGAUGCAGAUCCUUCCCGUUCCGUCGUCGAGUAAUUCGCCUUUCGAUAUACCCAACGAAAUAGACGGAAUGCCAAGAAAAAAACCUAAAAUAUCCGUCAAAAGCAAUUUAAUAUUGAAGGGGCCCGAUCAGGUGAACAUGUUUCAUUCACAACAGAAAAUGGCCUUCAAGCGGCUGGAAGAUAACGAGAGGUUCGGUUUAAGCGGUCCGGUCACAUUCAACAACUUAAUAACCACCCAGUUUAUGCAACUGCAACCGGAGCCGACUUUAAGCGAGUCCCCCAACACUAUCAUGACAUACCCUCAAGACAGCAUGAUGGUGGAAUCAGCGACGACUCCGGUCGACAACGAAAUCAACGACAACCCUCAGAUCUUCUCGUUCAAUCAACAGAUGAACGCAAACACGCUGUCCAUGAUCCCGCCGCCGCAGAAGGUGCAGAACAACGACCCGAGCUACAUCAAAAUAGAAGCAACCAUCAAACAGAACACACAGUCGCCGAGCUUGGAGAGGAUGUGCAACGCGAACCUACUGAACAACCCGGCCAUAAGCAGGGAAUAUAAAGCGUCGCCUCCGCUAGAGGACAUACACAAAAACAUGAGCGAGAUAAAGAACGAGGUGAAAUCGGACGCGUUCUACAACAUGGCCAUCACCAGCACGGCCGCCAACCCGCCGAUAAUAGACCAGUACAUGAUAGACAACAUCAUACCAGAACAGUAUCCGGCUCACCUGGACCUGUCCACCGUAGUACUCUCCGAGGUCUCCAACCAGCAGAACGACGUCAUAGAGAUAGAUGACAAUUCCGACGACAACAAACUAUUGAAUCGCUUCGACAUGAACUUCUCUCUGGAGUCGCUUUAUCUGAUGCAAAACGAUUUCCACUUCCUCGAAAACGACCUCCCAUCGAACAUGGCCGAGGUGCCGGUUAACGAGAUCAAUAGGAUGGUGACGGAAGUGCCGAUCAUAAACCAGAAGGAUAAUUUGGAGGUCGUCCAGGUGGAAGCCGCCAGUGAGAGCGCCAAUUUCAUUCAAGGCAAAAAAGACCCCAUGAUGAACACAUCGGUCAGACCCUCGACGAAUAAAAUUAACGUUAAAAAUAUAGAGCUCAUGAAAAAUUAAUACAUUAUUAAAUAUAAAAA